AUGGCGGCGCUGGAAGGCUUUAGUGGAAUCGCUGCUCACAAUGUCUCUCUCAUUCACGACUGCGAUUCCCUUGGUUCAAACCGGAGGAUUUUCAUCAUCGGCGUCGGUCUCUCAGCGCUUGUCUGCAUCUUGGGGAUCGUCUGCAACAUUCUUGUCAUGGUGGUCUUCUGGUCGGAGAAACCGUUACGAUCCACGUCGUACCUACUCCUGUGGGUGGCGUUCGCUGACAACAUUUCUCUUCUCCACAACCUUUUAUUGUACGUUAUCCCCUCUUUUCAUCCAUUCACUGGAAUAGCUGAGGAUUAUUUCUGGGUGUCCUCCAAAAUCUCGCUACACACUUGGGCGAUUGGUUCUAUCGCCAACAGCCUCGGGAUCUACUUGGUCAUCUUCGUCAGCUUGGACCGGUACGUGGCCGUCUGCAAACCCGUGAAAUCCAAGGAGUUCUGCACCAUACAGAAAUGGCGUCCGAGGGUCCUUGGGUUGGUCAUCGCCUGUAUUCUGUACAACUCUCCUCGAUUCUUCGAUGCGACGACAAUAGGUUACAAUAACUGCAGUAACUCCAGUACCACCCAUGCCGUGUGCUUCGUCUACGAUGUGAAGGAAGGCUGGGAACUGUACAACCUGGUGUACCGAUUCUACUUACAGUCGUUGACUUUCAAUGUGUUUCCAAUCGUGAUUCUGGUGUUUUUUAAUGUCUCUCUUAUCUGCUUCCUUCGAAGACGGGCGGGGAGACUUCCAAAACGUUCCUCCGGAAACGGGAAGCGGAAUAAAGCGAAGGAGAAAAACGUUGAGAUCACCAUUGUUGUGAUCGUCAUCGUGUCUCUGAUGAUCAUGACGGCAUUGCCGUCGGUUGCUUACCUCGUUUUUAACAUUUUCCGGGCAAAUUUACCCCCGGACGUGCUCAUGUUCGAACGCUACUUUCGACCCACGGCAAACGCUUUCUUUUUAUUGAAUUCAGCUUUGAACUUCUUUGUCUAUGGGCUGUUCGGCAGUCAUUUUCGACAGCGUUUGAAAGUUUUACUGUGUCGUUGCUGCCCCAGACAACAGUGGAACAAAGCUCUGUUACAGGAGUCUUCGUCAAAUGCCGGGUUGAGGAAUAUGGAAGAAGAUACCUAA